UAGAAUUAACUGUUUCGAUUAUCUCUAUCCAGUGAUGACUAGCGAAGGUCUGUGUUUUAAAUUUAACGCAUUAAAUUCGGAUGACAUUUACACAGAUGAAGUGGUUUCGGAAAUGAUAAAAAUGAGGAAAAGUCCAAACGUGUUAGGAUGGAGUUUAGAAACCGGUUACACCCAAAAAUCAGACCAAAAAAAUAUAAAGUAUCCAAAUACGGCUGAUGCGGGGCAAAAGAAUGGCCUUGAAUUGCUUCUUUCUCUUUUUGAAAAUGAUUAUGACUUUAUGUGUAGUCAAUUCCAAGGAAUCUUAAUUACACUUUCGGUACCAGGCGAAACAAGAAUUGAAUUUCAAAAUUCUGCUAGUAUAGAGCUAUCAGAAAAUUAUCGAUUAAUUAUCGAGCCUAAAUUUUCGGAUAUUUCGAAAGGACUUCGCCGAUAUAAACCAGAACAACGUGAAUGUUUUUUUAACUCCGAGCGACAAUUGCGUUUCUACAAAUUUUAUACUAAAGACAACUGUGUUGAUGAAUGUUUUGCGAAUGUCACAAAGAAAUUAUGUGGAUGUGUACUAUUCUCGAUGCCAAGGGAUAAUCAAACGAAAAUUUGCGGUGCAGCUAAAAUUAAAUGCUAUAAAUAUGCUGUCAGAAAAUUGUAUUCUCUUUUUGGACAGAUGCACUUAAAAGAAUGCAAUUGUAUUGAUUCAUGUACAUAUAUCGAAUACAAUUUAAAAGUCGAACAAAGCCAUUUAUAUAUGGAAGAAACCACACGCUCUCAAACGAAUAACACAAGCCAACGCCAAGUACAUUUGUCUAUAUUUUUCAAAGAUUCAUCAGUUGGGGUAGUAGAACGAAUGGAAACAUAUACGAUCACCGAUUUUUUGGCGAUUUGUGGUGGUUUGCUUGGAAUAUUCUUGGGCAUUUCACUGUUGAGCCUCGUCGAAAUUAUUUAUUUUGCCACUCUUCGAUUGUUUUGGAUCAUUCGCCGGCCGAGAACUGAAAAUAUAGAGACACCACCUGACAUACCACUUCCGGAAAAUCUAGAUGACUAGCAUCGAGUGAUAAAUCUACUACGGCGCUUUUGCUAUGUGAUACGGACAUUUUUCGUGGAAUACUGUCGGAAUAGCAACAUUCAUGGAAUUCGAUAUCUCGAACCCAAUAGAAAUUUACAUUGGAGUGAAAAGCUCUUGUGGUUAAUUGCCAUUGGCAUUGCAUUUGGAUAUUGCGGCUCAGUUAUUGAAAAUAAAUACACUAAAUGGCAAAUGAAUCCAAUCAAAAUAAAUACAAGCGAUACCAAGGAACGACUUCAAUCGAUCCCAUUUCCAAUGGUUACAAUUUGCCCCAAACUCAAAACUAGAAAAUCUGUGUUUGACAUAACUGCUACUCUCAAAUCACUUCCACGUUCGAAUUUAUCUGAGGAAAGCUCGAGGCGAUUAAAGGCUUUGACUCAUAUCUGUCCAAUUCUGUACAAUUACAUUACAUUCGAGGACUAUGUUGCAAGCGAAUCAAUUUAUGAAACUAUACAGGACAUAGCACCGACAUUUGAAUUGGAUUGUUGGUGGAAUAAUGUUAAUGGUUGCUCGGAAACUGUGAUACCAAUUUUGACUGAGGAAGGUCUUUGUUUCACUUUUAAUGCUUUAAAUUCAUAUGAAAUAUACACUGAUGAAAUGGCUCCCGG